GCUGCAGGGACCACGACUGACAUGAGGGCUGCAUUCCUGGUGCUGCUCCUAUGGGCUGUGGCCUGUGCUUACCCUGUGCCUGGCCAUGAACCCUCCCACCCCAGCGCCCUGCAGGAGGAUACCGCAAAUGAAGAUUACAUUGACAAGCUGGGCAACCGCCUAGAUGGUGGGGAUGGCAGACAUCAUCCUGCCAAUCCAGAGACAGGGGAAAAUGCACUUGCCAGGGACCUGGCAGGUGGGAAUGCCGUGCGUGAGGAGCUGGAUGAGCUCAGUGGCCAAGAUGUGGGAGGCCAAGUUGGGCAGGCUCAGCACAUGAACCAGGUGGACCAUGAAGACAUGAGUGCCCACAAUGGGAAUGACCUUGGUUUCCUGGAGGUGGAUGCCCGUGACACUGAAGAUGCUGACAACGGAGACCACUACGGUGCCAGAGCCAACGCGUUUCCCUCCCAUGGUGGCGGGUUCCUGGACGAGGAGGAUGACAGUGGGGACGACACCUUCGAUGCCAAUGGGCAAGAAGAGAGGGGUGAAGGCCCUACCUAUGGGGCUGGCGCUGAUGGGGCAGGGGAACACGAGCACGAUGCUGGCCGUGGGGAUGCCGGGGCUGGAGUGGGGCACAGCAGCAGCAGCAGCAGCAGCGAGAGCACUGGGGCAGACCACCGACGCUACAGGAACUAUGGGCACACCUACAGGCACAGAGGGGCCAGCAGCAGCAGCCAGGAGGAGAGCUAUGACUUCCAGGACGAAGCCAUGCAGGGAGAUGAUCCCUCUGUCUUUGACAGCCCAGGCAGCAGCUACAGGAUGCGCCACACUGGCCCCCACGCUCUGGGGAACAGUGGGGAGAGUGCCCAGGGGGCUGGCUCCCACCGCUGGGAGGAGGGUGACAGCAGAUCCCCCGAGGUGGAGGAUGGGGACUCUGAAGAAGACAGCCCAUCUGUGGAGAACAACAGUCAGUCAGAAGAGCCUGUUGACAGCCAGUCAGAGGAAAAAAGCUCCAGCCACUCCAGGGAGGAUGGGGAUGGGGAUGGGGAGGACAGCCCCUCCAGGGAAGAUGAGGACAGUGAGUCCAGGGAGACCACGGCGGAGCAGUCAGAUGAAGUGCCAGGGCAGACCCCAGAGGUGGUGAGAACCUUGAAUGAGCACAGCAACAGUCAAACCUGGGAAGGUGAGGAGGACUGGGAUUCUGCUGAGGACAGGAGUGUGCUGUCCACACCUGACAGUGAGUCCAGGGAAGAAGAGACUGAACUGAGCAAGUCCAGGGAAGAUGAUGAUGACCAGAGCCAUUCCACAGAGGAAACUGUGGAGGAGUCGGAGGAGGAUGAGAAUGACUCUGUGCCAAGCACAUCAGCUGAGAGCCCAGAGGUGCCAGAGGAUAACAGCAGCCCAGAGGACAACACAGGUGAGGACAGCAGGUCCGCAGAGAGCGACAACAGCGAGUCCCAGGAAGAUGAGGAUGAGGGAGAGAGCCACUCCCAGGAGGAUGCCACUCAUGAGUCCAGCAGCCACGGGGACGACAGCUCCCUGCAGAGCCUGGAGAGCGGGGCCCACAAGCAGCAGCUGGGCGCCCUCCGGCGCAGACCUGCUGCUGACUAUGAUGACAAUGACUGCCAGGAUGGGUACUGA